AUGACCUUUGAGCUUCACAUAUGGGGGCCGGCAUUCGGCCUUCCAUCGAUAGAUGCGACCUGCCUCGCUGUUGUCGCAUAUUGUCGCGAAUGCGUGCCGACUGGCAAAUGGACCUUAAUUCCUGCUGAUCCUUCUCGAAAUCCGCUCGGGCAACUUCCUGCUCUGAGGGAUGGCAACACGUGGGUGGCCGGCUUCAACGACAUUGUGGACUACCUAGAGGCUUCCUCUGGCGGCGCAUCUCAUUUGGACAAGAACCUCAGUUCGGCCGAAAGUGCUGAUUGUGCUGCCUAUGCAUCCUUCAUCCAAUCUCGAGGGCAACCAUUACUCGACCUGAGUCUCUACGUGAGCACCGAGAACUACACGACCUGCACCAAACCUGCGCUGGGCGCUCUUUUGCAUUGGCCCGAUAGCUGGUUUGUACCACACCGCCUUCGAGAAAAAGCGAGGAAAACAUCGGAGCACUUGGGACUGAGUGGGUUGGAUGUGGACUCGGCGCAGGACGAGAAGCAAGAGGAGGGCUUAGCAGCACAGAUACCUCGGUCGCUCAGAAAGCCGAAAACCACCGUCAGCAGCUUGCUGGGCCAUGAAAGCAGAAAGAGCAAAUUCCGGCUCGAGGCUGUCACAUCUGACUUCCUGGAACCCUUGAACGAGCUCCUCGGCGAGGGUCCUUGGCUGGUCAGCGACAACCCUAGCAGCGUCGAUUGCCUCGCCAUUGGCUAUUUGGCUCUCAUGCAGAAUUCUGGAGAUGGUGCGCAGCCAUGGCUGCGCGACGCGCUCGCCAAAAAAUUCCCUGGACUUGCUGAAUGGACGCAAAAGACGAGACGAGAGUGGUUUGGGGAGACUGUGACACCGUCCAUGGCACGACAAGGCCAAACCGACAAGCAUGUCUUACCGUGGCAGCAGCUAUCGGAUCCAAGCCCUCAGCAGAUCGCGAAUUCCCUUGCCCUGAACAUCACCGAGGCUCUCCCAGUCCUAAAGUCCUACCUCACCCCAACUGGCGUCAAAACACAUAUUGGCUACGAUGAAGUGCCGAAACAUGAGAGAAAACAAUUAUCGAUAUCGCGAGUUCGCAGCAGUCAACUUCUUUACAGCCAGGCACUGGUGUCGGGAAUGUCAGCCGUCAUUCUGACGAGUGUACUUCUAUACAACGGCAUCCUGCGAGUGCCCGAUUUGCGGCGGACACCAACCCCUCAGCGAGGUUUUGGCACGGCGGGCGAGUUUCUCGGCCUUCGGUGA